AAAAUGGCCGUCCUUCCCAACGCACGACGACAACAACAACUCAUCAGAAAAAGAAACGGUCUCUGCGUACAAGAUCCCCAGUCUCUCUUUCUUUCUUUCAUUGUUCGUUGCUGGUGAUUUCUCUCUGUCGUAGUGGAGUUUGGAGCUGAUUCGCAAUGGCGUCAAAUUCGUCUACUGCAAUGGCGAGAGUGUCCUACAGGCAGCAACAGCUUCACAAUUCGUCCCACGGACAUGGUUCUUCUCUGAAUUCGUCUUCAAGAAAUGUGAAUGGGAACGUGAAUGACAGUAACGGCACACAACAACAAGCUAAUCAUUCUGCUCGCGCUAAGGCACCUGUUACGCGGCGCUCUGUCACUCCCACUUCCCGUUCUGUCUCUACCAACAUCGACUUUGACAACGAUCCUGGAAGAGUGAGAGUGGCUGUUAGACUUCGACCCAGAAAUGCUGAAGAUAUCCUUUCAGAUGCUGAUUUUGCAGAUUUUGUUGAAUUGCAGCCUGAGUUGAAGCGGCUAAAGUUAAGAAAGAACAACUGGAGUUCUGAAUCUUACAGAUUCGAUGAAGUUUUUACAGAAACUGCCUCUCAAAAGCGCAUUUACGAAGUGGUGGCAAAACCAGUAGUUGAGAGUGUCUUGAGUGGAUAUAAUGGGACAGUUAUGGCUUAUGGGCAAACAGGCACUGGCAAAACUUACACGCUUGGCAGACUUGGUAAAGAUGAUGCAUCUGAGCGUGGCAUUAUGGUUAGAGCUUUUGAGGACAUAAUUGCCAAUACUUCUCCUACUUCUGAUAGUGUAGAAGUAUCCUAUUUGCAGCUAUACAUGGAAUCUGUACAAGAUCUUCUUGCUCCAGAAAAGACUAAUCUUCCUAUUCAUGAAGAUCCCAAGACAGGAGAAGUAUCAUUGGCAGGGGCUGAAGUGGUUAAAAUUCGAGAUCUCGAUCAUUUCUUAGAACUACUGCAGAUUGGUGAGGCAAACCGUCAUGCGGCUAAUACAAAGCUGAAUACAGAAUCUUCACGCAGUCAUGCAAUUCUGAUGGUUUAUGUACGACGAUACAUCCAUGAGAAUGCACAAGAUCAAAUUGCUUUUCAAGAGAAAGACACAAGAUUGAAUUCAUGUGGUGGUACUGACUUACCUGUAAUAAGGAAAAGCAAGUUGCUGAUUGUGGAUCUUGCUGGAUCUGAGAGACUAGACAAAUCUGGCAGUGAAGGUCACUUAAUGGAAGAGGCUAAGUUUAUCAAUCUUUCUCUUACUUCACUUGGCAAAUGUAUAAAUGCUUUGGCUGAAAAUAGUCCCCAUAUACCUACUAGGGAUUCUAAGUUGACAAGGUUGCUGCGUGAUUCAUUUGGAGGCGCUGCAAGGACUUCACUUAUAGUUACAAUUGGGCCAUCUGCACGACAUCAUGGAGAGACCACAAGCACAAUAAUGUUUGGCCAACGGGCAAUGAAAGUAGUAAACAUGGUAAAGCUUAAAGAAGAAUUUGAUUAUGAAAGUUUAUGUCGGAAGCUUGAGGCUCAAGUAGAUCAUCUAACUGCAGAAAUUGAGAGGCAACAGAAAUUAAGGGACAAUGACGAGCAUAACUUCGAAAAGCAGCUCAAGGAAUGUGUAGACUCUUUUUCUGAAGAAAACAAGAAUUUACUCACAAGGUCUGAGUUUUUAGAGAAUGAAAAUGGUCAUUUGAAGUUGGAGAUGAACAACAUCCUAACUGAAUUGAACUGUCUAAAAGAUCAUAGCAAUUUGAUGCGUGAUAAAGUUGCACAGCUAGAAAUGAGCUUAAAACAUAGUCAGAAACAAGAGGUUGAAAACACUACAUAUCAGAAUGUACUUGCUGAUACCACUCAGAUGUACGAGAUGAAAAUAGCAGAGCUAAUUAAGCAGGUAGAAGAUGACCGUGCUCGUACGGAGAGUGCUGAGCAACAAUUCGAUGUCAUGAAGAAACUCCUAAGUGACCAUCAAAAGACAAUUCAGCAACAUGAGAUGGAAAAUUCCAAAUAUCAGAAAGAACUGGCAGACACCUCUCAGAUGUUUGAAAAGAAAGUAGGAGAGCUAAUUAAGCAAGUGGAGGAUGAGCAUGUUCGGUUUGAAUGUGCAGCAGAGCAAUUGGAUCUGGCAAAGAAGUUUAUAAGUGAUUGUCAGAACUCAAUGCAGGAGCAAAAUGAGGUUGAGGAACUUAGGGUGAAAUUACAAGAAAUGCAUCAGCUGCAUAACGAUACUUUAGUUGAAUUACGAUCCCUGAAAUCUGAGUAUGACAAUGUACACGAAGAGAAGGCAACACUAAGUGAAGAACUUUAUGCUGCGAGGCAAAGACUUUUGGUUGAAGAGAAGCAAAGGAAGACCAUUGAACAUGAGCUGGUGGAACUAAAGAAGACUGUUCCUGAAGGUGAUAAUGACAUUGAGGAUAAAAAGUCAUAUAUGAAAGAAAAUAUUGGCAAAGGAUCUUCUGCUCUCCGGAGGCCAAUGGGGUUACACAACUCAAACACAGUAAGGGAGACACUAUCUGGCCAAAGGGCCUCUAUUGCGAAGAUAUGUGAAGAGGUUGGGCUACAGAAGAUACUGCAAUUAUUAACAUCUGAGGACGUAGAUGUCCAAAUCCAUGCUGUGAAAGUGAUAGCCAAUCUUGCCGCUGAAGAUAUCAACCAAGAGAAGAUUGUGGAGGAUGGAGGUUUGGAUGCACUGCUUAUGCUAUUGCAGUCAUCUCAAAAUACAACCAUACUAAGAGUUGCUUCUGGGGCCAUCGCCAACCUUGCAAUGAAUGAGAUCAAUCAAGGGCUAAUAAUGAGCAAAGGUGGUGCUCAGCUUCUAGCAGGGACAGCAUCAAAAACAGACGACCCACAAACUCUCAGAAUGGUAGCUGGUGCACUUGCAAAUUUAUGUGGAAAUGAAAGAUUACACACUAUGCUGAAAGAAGAUGGAGGCAUCAAGGCACUUCUGGGAAUGAUUGGUUCUUGGAAUAAUGAUGUCAUCGCACAAGUUGCAAGAGGAGUGGCUAAUUUCGCAAAAUGCGAAUCCCGGGGAAAUAUUCAAGGACAAAGAAAAGGCCCAUCACUUCUAAUGGAAUAUGGGACCCUGGAAUGGUUGAUUGCCAACUCCAAAUUUAAUUCAGCUUCCACGAGACGCCAUAUUGAGCUUGCUGUUUGCCAUUUAGCACAAAAUGAGGACAAUGCCAGGGAUUUCAUAUCCACUGGAGGGUUGAAAGAACUUGUUCGAAUAUCAGUUGAGUCUAACAGAGAAGAUAUUCGAAACUUAGCUAAGAAGACACUGAAAUUGAGCCGAGAAUUUCAAGCAGAGAUGAAUGCAGAAUAGCAGAGGAUACAGAGAUUGCAGGCGAAUAUUGUUAUCGGAACUAUAAUACUUUGAGCAACAUGUGUCAUUUCAAGCAGAGAAGAAUGCAGUGUAACAGAGGAUACAAAGACUGGCAAAUAUUGUACUCAGAACUAUGGUACUUUAAUAAAGUAUGAAAGGUAUACCAUCCCCCAACCACUCUCGGGAGACGAACCUUUUUUGGGGGAAGGGGAUAAAUGUGAAUAUUAUCUGAUCUCCAUCGCUUUCCCUCCCCAAGUAUAUGUGCUUCACAGUCCAAAGGAAAAGCGUGUCUUGGCUUCAUUGUGUCUAAA